AUGCAUUCCGUUUCUGAUCUUAUCCUCAAGAAAGGACCACUCUCUUCUGUUUGGAUAGCAGGAACAUCUACAGACAAACUUGGCAAGAAGAUGGUUCUUGCAACAGACAUUGCUACACUCGCCAAACAGAUCAUGGAGGAAGAAAGAGUUAAUCUUGUUCUUCGCCUUAGUGGUAUGCUCCUUAAAGGUCUUGUCGUCGUUUAUUCUAAGAAGAUGCAAUACAUGCUUACAGAUUGUGAGGACGUAAUUUCUAAAAUUAAGCUUUCUUUCAAGCCAGGCCAAAUUGAUCUUACUGGAAAGAACUCCAAGGAAGAAACAAUUACAAUUACUACCGAUAUCUCUGAUUUAACGAUUGAACCAGUUGAUCUCGCUGAAUGGGCUAAAACGGCCAACCCAGAAGAAUACUUUGUAGUUCAGCACCCAACCAUUUCGUUCCAAACUCCAGAGCCUUCUCAAGCCCAAACAGAUGAUUCUGCAGCUACUUCUUCUUUCUCAUCUCAGAUACCAGAAACACCAAUCAAAUUUAAUUUCGAUAAUGAAUCACUCGGAAAUAGUACAAGACCAACCGCGCGCCAAACACCAGCACGCAAUGUAGAGGUACCAGAGACCACAUGGGAUGAUGUAGAUGAUAUUCCAAUUCCAGGAGACGAUGAGCCAAUGCCAGAUAUGAGAGCUCAGUCAGAAACUGAAGCUACAACAGAACCCGAUAACGAAACCGAAGAAGAAAAGACAAAACGUAAGAAAUUAAUCAUUGAUAACCAAACAAUGCUCUCAAAUAACAGAAGAACAACACGUCGUACACGCAGAACUGUCACAAGUGAAGCUGCUCCACAAGUUAUUGCAAACUCUCAACUUGAUUCAUUAUUUGCCGAAUCAAGAAAGCUCGGACGCGACCAAUCCGACAAAGAAACAAACCGCAAUGCUCCUGAUGAAGAUUUCGAGUCAGAUAUGGGCCCAGGACUUGGCGGUUUCGAUUCUGAUGCCGAAGUUCCAGAGGUUGAACAAAAUAGAUCCGCAAGAGUUCCUCAAUCCAGCGAAAAUGAUAUUCUUCCAAUGCCAUCUGACAAUGACAUCAUUCUUGGUAGCGACCGUAACAAAGGAUCAGACGAUGAAGACCAGAUGAGACCAAUCGAAGGAAUGCCACGUCCAGUUCUUACUCCACUUGCAUCUCCUUAUCCUAACUUGAAGUUUGUUGUCGAAGAAACACCGAGAAGAACUGCAGAAGACUCUUUCACAACAGAGACAAUUAAUACACUGAAUAAGUUCAGAGAAGUUCUUAGAGGAAAAGAGGAAGAAAAGACAACAUUCAGUGAAACUUUCUCUGGUUCUUCAAGAAGAGCUGCUGCAAGAGCUUUCUACCAGAUGCUUGUUCUUAAAUCAACUGGUCAGAUUGAUGUAAAGCAGCAAGAGCCAUUCGGAGAAAUCGAAAUCACUCCAGGAAAGCAAUUUUGGACCACUUAA